GGCCCAGUUGGUCCGCUUAAAAGGGGGAUAAACAUAAACCAUGGCCGAUUGGUCCGAUUACGAUCUCACCUCUCUUCGAUUUUCUCUUCAUUAGCCUCGGCCUCUCGCUGCUCUUCGAUCUUUUCCUCGUCGAUCCCUGUGACUCUAUCUGUAUCGGCCUCUUGCUAUUGUCCUCUUCGAUCUUUCUGCACUCAUUGGCUCACGCUCGCCUCUCAAGUAGGGAUUUGAACCUGGAGGUGUUAUAACAUGAGAAUACAUAGGCCAAAGUUAUAGUUGAUCAGGUUUAUGAAUCAUCCAAUCGUUCAAGUAGGAUCACCGAAUCAUCAGAUUGCUGCUGAAUUCCUCUACUAAGUUCAGUGAUUACCAGAUUCAAGUCAAUAGCUAAAGCGUAAACUCUAGGUGUUUUGUAUUCGGAUAAUCAAAACAUGAGCAUAGAGCCAUUUAACAAAUUGGUGAAGUUGGCGGCAAGGGCAUUUUAUGAUGAUAUUACUGCAAAAGGAGAUAAUCAACCGAAAUCAGGGAGGAGUGAUAAUAGGGGAAUUGCUGUUGUAGUUCUUGAUGCUCUCACGAGACGCCAAUGGGUACGCGAAGAAGAUUUAGCAAAAGAUUUGAAAUUGCAUUUAAAACAACUUCGGAGGACUUUGCGGUUUUUUGAAGAAGAAAAACUGGUAACCAGGGAUCACAGAAAAGAGACUGCCAAGGGUGCAAAAGCCUAUAGUGCUGCAGUUGCUGCUACUGCUGAUAGUCUUACUGGAAGAGAAGGAGAAGAGAAAAUUAAACUUCACACUCACUCUUAUUGCUGUCUUGACUAUGCACAGAUACAUGAUGUGGUGAGGUAUAGAUUGCACCGGAUGAAGAAAAAGUUAAAAGAUGAAUUAGACAACAAGAACACAGUCCAAGAAUAUGUAUGCCCAAAAUGUGGAAAAAGAUACAAUGCUCUGGAUGCUAUUCGGUUAAUCUCAUUUGAAGAUGACUCUUUUCAUUGUGAAAGUUGUGAUACCGAAUUAGUAGCAGAAAGUGACAAAUUAGCUUCCCAACAAGAUAUUGGAGAUGGUGAUGAUAAUGCAAGAAGACGACGUCGUGAGAAAUUAAGGGAUUUACUUCAAAAAUUGGAGGUGGAAUUGAAGCCUUUAACAGAUCAGCUUGGAAGAGUAAAAGACCUUGAAGCCCCUGAUUAUGGAACUCUUCAAGCAUGGGAAGUACGUGCAAGUGCUGUUGCACGUGCAUCUAAUAAUGAUCCUGGUGGCAACGAUGCUUCUAGAUCCGGACAGGGAGGGACACCUAUGCCGUUUCUUGGAGAGACAAAGGUUGAGGUGGCUUUUUCUGGUGUUGAAGAAAAGGGGGAUAUAAAACCUGAGAAUGCACCUAUGAAAGUGUUGCCACCAUGGAUGAUUAAAGAAGGGAUGAAUCUUACAAAUGAACAGCGUGGAGGUGUAAAGCAGGAAGAAUCAAAAAUGGAAGGAGGAACUUCUUCUGCUUCUGGAGCUGCUGCUAUGGAUUUCAAAGACGACAAGAAGUUGACUAAUCAAGAGGAUGAUGUCAAGAAUCUUCAGGAUGAAUAUUUCAAAGCGUAUUAUGCUGCUUUACUUCAGAGGCAAAAAGAACAAGAAGAAGGCACCAAAAAGGAACAAGAUUUGCCUGCUGCUGACGUGGAGGCCUCAAAUUCAAGAAAACGCCAACGUGAUGAUGAUGAUGAUGUGGAAUGGGAAGAGACUCCAACUGCAGCAGGUGAGACUUUCAAGGUUGACUUGAAUGUGGAAGCAGCUGAGCCUUCAGGUGAUGACGAAGAUGAUGAUGAUGAUGGAAUUGAUUGGGAAGAAGGUUAAGUACCUGGUACUACUUACUAGAAGAAGAAAGCUUCUUCCUAGAGGUCUAUUUUCUCACUUUAACUUGUAGUCAUCAUCUAGUGGUUAACAGGAGAAUAUAAGUUUAUGUUGUACAUCUUAUGAAUGUGAAAUCUGUAGUAAAUUGGAUUUUUAUAUAAAUGAAGUUUGUUUUGGGAA